GGUUAUAUAUGGCUGACCCUAAUAAUCCCACCAACGUGCCUCAAUUAGACCAACCUUACUCUCACUCGCCCGUACCAUCAUCAUCCUUACAAGACCCAAACAUCCAAGUCCCACACCCCCUCCCAACAAAUACUCACACGUGCGAUAGCCCAUCUCCCACGUGUGACAAAUUGCCUCCCACUGCUCCCAAAUCCAAUAUGGCCUCAAGCUCCUCCGGGAAACACCCAAUGUAUCGUGGAAUCCGGUGCCGGAGCGGCAAAUGGGUGUCCGAAAUCCGUGAACCACGCAAAACUACGCGUAUAUGGCUCGGUACGUACCCAACGCCAGAAAUGGCUGCGGCUGCCUAUGAUGUGGCUGCCCUAGCCCUAAAAGGCGGCGAGGCUGCUGUUAACUUCCCUGGCUCUGUUGCUUCGUAUCCGCUUCCUGCUUCCACAUCGUCCGCGGAUAUACGUAAAGCAGCUGCAGCAGCUGCUUUACUAAAAAAGGCUGAAACAACAAGUGAGAUUAAUCUAGGAACAGGUCAUCAGGCCAAAAAUGAAGAAAUGACGACACAAGAAUACGUGGACGAGGAUGCCCUUCUGAACCUGCCAAAUUUGCUGGUGGACAUGGCGGAGGGACUUCUUGUGUCACCGCCGAGAAUAAGCUCGACGCCAUCCGAUGACUCGCCGGAGAACUCCGAUGGAGAAAGCUUGUGGAGCUAUUAAUUCAUAUCGAUUUUUCUAAUAAUGCUGCUAGGAGAUCCUAUUUUUGGUCUUGCGAUCAUUGUCACUAAAUGUGGGCUAGAAAAGAAGGAAGCGAGUUUGAAAAUGAAGAAAGAAACAGAAAAGGAAAGAAAAAGAAGUAGGCCUAGGCGGCAUUUAAUGCAUCUUUCUGUGCAUUAUUGUCUGCCUUGGAAAGAAUUUUCACAUAAUGUUAAAUAAAGACAAUAUAUGGGAAAACAAAAACCAGGAUUUUCAUGAAUAU